UUUUCCCUUUUAUAUGAAAAAAAAUUGCUAAAUUUAGCAUUCUCCAAGACUUGCUGGUUACUAUAUUAAAUUGAGCCCGCCCAAAUUUCUGUUCUAGCCCUACUUUCAGAGAGUUGAGAGUGAAUGCUCAUAUAGCCAUGGCGGAGAAGCAAAGCACCAAAGCAAGCGGUCCAGGCCCGAGGAAGCCGAAGGUCAUAUUUGGCACCAAAGCACUUCAAACCGGGGACGGCGGCGAUGUUCCUUCGAGCUUACUCGGCGGCAUAGUCGAGAAAGGUAUUUCCGAUAUGCCCCUGUCGGGCCCCACUCCACCGCCUCGCCCAACCGUUCUUCCUUUCCCCGUCGCUCGCCACCGCUCCGAUGGCCCGCAUCGGGGUCCGGUAAAUAGUAAAUUGGGUGGUGAGGAGGGUGGUGGGCAAGGGGAUGAGGAGGAUGAUGAAGAUGUAAUGGACUUUGAACACAUUAGGGAUUUCGCUAAGCGGAUCGAAAGGACGAAGAAAAAAGAUAUGGACUUUAGUAAGUGGGCAGAGGAGGAGCUUGAUGCAAAUAGCUCAAUAACUUUUAGGGAAACAAUGGAAGCUAGUACCAGAAAAAUUGAGUCAAGUAAAGUGCAUUCCCAGCGAAAGAAUGAACAAGAAUCUGCAUUUGGUAGCUCGAAGAUUGAACGAGGAUCUGUGUUGGGUAACUUGAAGGUUGAACAAGAAUCUGUUUUGGGUCACAAUAACAUGGAAAUUGAAGCGGACAUGAACGGAAAGUCCAUGCCUGAUAAUAUUCGAAAUGAACAAGGGGGGUCUGUGUCGCUUGAGGCUCAGAUUGAUGAAGAGAACUGUGCACGGUUGCAAGGGAUGUCUGCAGAUGAGAUUGAAGAAGCACAGGCGGAGAUCAUGGGCAGACUGGACCCUGCAUUGCUCCAAGUACUCAAAAGGAGGGGUGAAGAGAAAUUGAGAAAGCAAAGAGGCCCCAGCUCAGAUAGCAGUGAACCAAAAGCUUCUACUAUCUCUCACAGUGGUCCGUCUCAUGUGGCUACAAAAAUUACUUCAAACAAUACUCGAACUUCAGCAAAGGAUAGAUUGGAGCAGAAUUCAGGCAAAGCCAGUGGCAGUUUGUGGAAUGCUUGGAGUGAUAGAGUCCAGGCUGCUAGGGACUUAAGGUUUUCCUUGGAUGGGACUGUUAUUAUAGAUGGCUUCCACCAGAUAUCUCAGAGUAGUAAUUUAUCUGAGCGUGACUACCUGCGUACCGAGGGGGACCCUGGUGCUGCUGGUUAUACAAUCAAAGAAGCAGUGUCGCUCACUAGGAGUGUGAUUCCUGGACAGCGGACACUUGCUUUGCAUUUCCUUUCAACCGUGCUUGAUAAGGCAUUGCAUAAUAUUCAAGCACAAGAUCAGCUUAUUGGAAAGAUGCUAGUAAAGUCGAUAAAUCUGCUGACUGGGAGGCCAUUUGGGCUUAUGCACUUGGCCCAGAACCUGAGCUUAUUUUAUCUCUCAGGAUAUGUCUCGAUGAUAACCACAAUAAUGUAGUCCUAGCUUGUGCCAAAGUUCUUCACCGCAUAUUAAGCUGUGAUGUGAAUGAGAACUUCUUUGACGUUUCAGAG